GGAUUUAACUGUGUCUCUUAGUCUGACAAGCGUACGGUUAACUGAUAUCUCCACUCAUCAAACGGAUCAAAAAUGCCUGCAGACUAUAAUGGACGAUGGGAGAUGGUGAGCAACGACAACUUCGAGGACAUCAUGAAGGCCAUCGACAUUGACUUUGCCACCAGAAAGAUAGCGUCCCACCUGCACCAGACCAAGGUGAUCGUGCAGAACGGAGACAAGUUUGAGACGAAGACUCUGAGCACCUUCAGGAACUACGAGGUCAACUUCACCGUGGGGGAGGAGUUCGAGGAGCAAACAAAGGGCCUGGACAACCGGAAGGUCAUGACAACGGUUACCUGGGAUGGGGACAAGCUGGUGUGUGUUCAGAAGGGCGAGAAAGCAAAUCGGGGCUGGAAGCACUGGUUCGAGGGAGAUGUGCUACACCUGGAAAUCCACGUGCUCGACAAAGUCUGCCACCAAGUGUUUAAGAAGAGCCAAUAAGAAGAACCCUAUCUGUCCUGUGUUACAUAUUUCUGCAUAUUUUUAAUGUCAUUAUGUAAUAAACUGACUUGAAACCCCUGUA